GCACGGCCUGCGAAUAGGGAGAAGGAGGUACGGGAGGAGGAAUCGGGUGUGGUUGGGAGGGUAAUAUACAUAGUAACGUAGCGUGGUGUGGGAACAAAUGGAGGCCCAGCGGCUGGCCCUGAUGCGGAUGCUUCGACGGGCCUAUCUGCUUGGACUACAGAUCAAGUCAACGGACCUGCUCGCUGUCUCGGUGGAAGGGGGAGUGGCGAUCGGCCGGCCGGCGUCGGAUUUGGGAUACCUACUGACCACAUAUGCCAGAACCCACGCGGUGGUGAUAAGACUGCCCGACGCCGCGGUGCACUGGUCACGUAGUAUGAAAAAGGCGUGGGCAGCGGCCAAAGAGGAGCUGUGGCUUAUGGGACGAGGACCGUGGAAGGGUACUAUAGACAUCGAGGGGGCAAGAACGGUGGUGUAUACAGCCCCGUCAGCGGACAUCCGAGACUGGCUGGUGACGGACCAGAAAACAGAAACCAUGAUGGUGGGGGACGUGAGGUUCGACGUCCCCCUGUCUCCGUGGAGAUCACCCGCGGAGAUGGAACUCCAGAAGGAGGAAGAGCGACGGGCUUGGCCGUGGGUAAAAGUGUUUAGCCCCCCGUCAUAUGUUGCUCCUUUGGAAGAACAGAUGGUUGAAUGCCUCUUUGGGGAUAUAGUUUCGAGGGCUGCUUUCGCUGACGAGGACAAAGAAUACCGGAAGUAUGUAGUGAGGGGUCCGCUUAAGUCAAAACACGUGGACAUGGUUGCAAUGGCCCUCGGCCCGAUGUCGAUGCAGGAGCUGCGGUUCGUGACGAGCGAUACUCCAUUUUGUGAUGUAUGCUUCUCCCACGGUCAUCUGGGUAAGGAAGGUCGAUGUCUAUCCCGGACGGCAUUGAUCAGAGAGUUACAGGAGCGGGAGAUGCGGAGACAUAUGGACCCUAUCCUGAAAUCCUCGUUGGACGAGGAGCGACGAGCAUGGACGGAGGUGGAAAGGGCCUUCGACGGGGAGAUUUUGCAGGAGCUACGAGAGGCGCAACUCAGGGGAGUAGAGAUUGGGGGAGUGAAGGUGGGCCACCCCCCAGUUAAGCCGGCCCUCUUUCAGCGACGACGCGCUCGCCGACCUCAACCGGCAAUGAAGGAGCCCCAGAACAAGCCGACCCCGACGGACACCAAUGAGUAUAUGCAGACGGACCUCCCGACCUGGCUGUUCGGGGAUGAGGGCAAGAAGAGGAAGGACCCGGAUGGGGAACAGGCUCACGCGACCAAUGACCGGGUGCCGGGGGAGAAGCGAUCGAAGGAGAAGGGACAUGAACCCUCGGCGGGUCAGCGGCCCACAGGACCAUCGGCGCAAGGGGAGGACAAUGAGGGCGAUCAGCGGGAGGGGGGGGUGACUCGACCCUGGGAGGAAAAGGAGCAAGCUCCUGGGGGGGACCCAGGCUCUGUAGGCCCGCUGGGUCACGGGAAGGACCGUGCGAUCACUGACCGAGAGCCCGGGGAACAUCGACCUGUGGAGGCUUCGAUUCCUGGGCAGGGCAAAGACGGUAAUGACCAGGAUCCUGGGGAGAGACGAUCUACGGAUGAACGGGGACGAUGCCCCGUGGUGGAGAAGGAAGUAGCGGACCAGCCAAAAGGGGAGGACGAAUUGCGAGGCUUGGAGGAGGACAAGAUCGCGGAGGCCUGCGAGGGGCAAAGUCGGGUGUCGCCGAACGAUGGCCCUGCUACUCACCCGUCAGCCGGUGAUAUGGGCACAGGCGAGCAAGGCCUGCGGCCCGAGGAUUGGCAAGACAAGCGGGUAAUCGUGGACGACGUGGUUCGUCAGAUCACGCAGGCGCAGAUGUGCGGGGGGUGGGAGGGGAUCCCGAGGCGGUUGACCCGGUGGGACCCAGUCGGUGGUCAUACGGGAGCCGCUAAUCGACGUGCGGAAACGCUGGACAGCCGGGCAGAUGCCCAAGGACGGGAGAAGGGGGUUACUGGCGCAAGGGCUGGAGCAGGCGAGAAGGAUGGACCGCAGAACAGAAGUGGGGACACAACUGGGGGGGAGACAACGGUACAUCAGGGUGUGGCAGGGGACAGGCAGGUGCAAAACGACGACCUUGUUCACAAGGAUGCGCUCCCGAUUGUCCUGUUUCUCUCCCAGAAGGAAGAAGGUGAGAGGGUUGAUCGGAAGGAGGAGUUGAGGGACGUGCAUGACCGAGGGGCUGUGAGUGGCGUGUCGACCCCGGCGGACUUUACCGUGAAUCUUAAAGCUAGUCUUCUCGCUUCUGGCGCAGAGGACGCAAGGGACGUGCUGUCAUGGAAUGUCCGGGGCCCGUCAACGCGAUCACUCAACCCCAAGCGAUGGGAGCUGCAGCGAGCUGUCCGCAAACACCAGAUUGAUGUUGUCUGCCUGCAGGAGACCAAGCUGGGGGAAGGGCUCUGUGCCCAGGAUGCGCCCUGGUGGAAAGGGCACCAAAUCUGGGCCCCGGCCCAGGGUUCAAGCGGUGCCCAGGGCACUCGAGGGGGGGUGGCCAUACUACUCUCCCAACACUUUCGAGGGGAGGUUGUGGACUGGCACUGGGAUCAGAUGGGGAGAUGGGCAUGGAUACUGCUGCAGUGGGGAAGAGUGCGAUGGUGCGUGAUGACUGUCUAUGGACCGUCUGACCCGAGGGAGCGGCGAGAACUAUGGGGUGAUUUGCGGAGAUGGAUCCCCGAGGCGGCGGGCUAUGUUAUCGUGGGGGAUUUUAACACGACCAUCCAGCCAUGCCUCGACUCAGUGGUGGACAGACCCCCGGCAGCGGAUGCAGAAGCCCUGCAGUUGCUGAUGGCUGAUCUGGGCUGUGUGGAUGCUUAUCGCACAGCGCACCCUGAUGACCAGCUCUUCACCUGGCUGGGCCCAACACUGGAUCGCCGCAGUCGAGUAGAUAUGAUCUGGGUCUCGCAUGCAAUAUAUCAAUGUGGGAACGAGACAUGGUGUAUACCCACCCCCUCGUCGGACCAUAUGCAGAUCAUGGCAGCCUUCCCGGUGGGCCAUCUUAGAAUGGGACGCCCCCCUCCGUCUAUCCAGGCCUGGGUUUUUCAAAGCCCGGACUACCAGCCGCUGAUCCAGCAGCACUGGAUUCACUGGCUGGCGGCCCGCCCGCAGGAUGUGUCUGAGUUAACAUGGUUGCUACAGGGACUCGGGGUCUUGCGCCAGUGUUUGCACACCAGGCUUACUGCCAGCUAUCGAGCUCACCUGGCGACUGGGCAAGAGUAUGUUGAUCGUCUCACCGACCUUGCCAGGGGUCCAAAGGACGCUCAGACCGAUGAGGAGUGGUGGGUCGAGAGGAUGGAGGCGGCAAGAGAAUGGAAGGAAUGGGAGGUAAUAGAGGCCGCCAGAUGGGGCAAGACGAGACGGUUCUUUAAGGAGCUGGGGAAAAAGCAGGGAAUAGCCAUCGUGACAGCCAUGGAUCACCCUUACGAUCAGCAAUUGCCGAGGCAAGAGUCUACUGCGGGAAUCCUCAAGUGCGUCACCGACUUCUACACACACUUAUUUACGGAGGAAGAGGAAUGGUCCCCGGAAGACAUGGCCACAGCUCCGCAGGAGCACAUUUGGAGACACAUCCCCGACGGCCUACCCCGGGAGCGAGCCAUGGCCUUGGAAGCGGAUCUCACAGGGGAGGAAGUGGCUAGAGCGAUUGCUGAGCUCCCCAGGCUCAAGGCCCCAGGGGUGGAGGGCAUCCCGAUUGAGAUGUACAAAGCAGCCAAAACUCUGUUCGUGCGUGUCUUGACCAGAGCCUAUAACGAUGCGUUGAAGUCUGACGCUCUCCCCGCUGGAUUUGCAGACGCCUACGUAGUGCUGAUUUACAAGAAAGGGGCCCGAGAGGACGUUAGGAACUGGCGCCCUAUUUCGAUUCUGAACACAACGUAUAAGGUGCUAGCGAAGGUUCUAGCUAACCGCUUGAACCACGUCCUCCCAAGCCUAAUAAACCCGACCCAAGCGGGGUUUGUCCUGGGCAGACAGAUUGUGUCGAAUAUUCUCCUCGCUCGGCAGGUUCUGCAAAAUAUGGAGGUGCACGAUCAGCCACUGACCUUCGUCACUAUUGACCUGGAGAAGGCGUAUGACCGGGUCCGAUGGGAAUUUCUUUUGCGAAACUUGCAAUGCCGCAGGGUGGGUGCCAAGUUCUGUCAUUGGACGAAGCUACUCCUCGCCACAGCCAGGACAUGCCUGCAGGUGAAUGGCGUGCGCUCGGACUAUCUGCAGCUCUCGAGAUCAGUGCGACAAGGAUGUCCACUUUCCCCGGCGUUAUACGUGGUAUACGUUGAAGCCCUCCACCAUUUGUUAAGAGGCGAUAGUGAACUCUGGGGGCUACAGAUAGACCAGGACCGGGAACUUAAAUCGACGGCGUUUGCUGACGACACGGGGGCCAUUAUUCCGCCAACAGUGGAGCAACUUCGGCGGCUGCAAGCUAAUCUGGACCUGUUCGCGGUCUACUCUGGCGCCAAGGUGAACUGGGGCAAAUCCAAGGCUAUCCUCCCUCGCAAUUGGGUGUUUCGGAUGGCUGGGAUAUCCCGGUCAUCCAGGAUGGGGAAAACCUCCCCUUUCUGGGUGCUAUGUUAUGCCCAGACGAGGGGGGGACGCAGCAGAUGGAGGGAUUGGCAGCGGCGGCCAUCUUGCGUACGCGGCGAUGGGCCAAGCGCGCCCACCUUGGAGUCUUCGGCAAGGCCCUAAAGGGAGGGGGGUCUGGCUAUUCUGGACCCGAAACUGCAGAUUACUGCACUUCAGCUGCGAAGUCAGGUAUGGACCCUGUUGGGUGUCGCGGGCUCCACCUGGGAAGGCCUCACCAUGCAGCAUCUAGCGGCAGUCAUGGAGGUCACAGAGCAGUUGGUCCCUGUUGCGCUGGUCAGCAGCUCACUGAUCGGACAUGUCAAGCGGCACCGGGUUUGGUCCACCUCCAUUGGUUUGUGGAAACGUAUACGACUGGAGCAGAAGAUGCCGGCCUCUGCGGAUGAGGUUUUUAAUCAACUUCUAUUCGAUAAUCCCUGCAUCUGUGACGAGGAAGGGGAUCCCUUCCCAUGGCAAGGAUCCCCGCAGGCCUUCGGCCGUACGUGGGCGCUUUGUGGAGUUUUCAAGAUUGGCCACCUGUGGAAUGAGGCUGAGGGUACCUGGGGGAGUGACAAUGAUAUGGCAAGGAAGCUGCCCCACGAGUUUCACAGGCGACAAAGGCUGAGGGCACUGCAGACGGGCAUCCCCACACAGUGGACAGAUAUGUUGAGGGAGAAUAAAUGGCGCCCAUGGGAUUGGUUGCGGAGGAAGGGAGAUCAACGACCGGGCUGCGUGUACCAGAUCACGCAGGUAGAGGAGGGACGAGUCGAGGCCCGGGAAUGGAGGGUGGCCACUGGGCAUGAUGGCUUGGGUACCCCCCUCCAUCCGCAGGGGGCGGCGAGGCAGUGGUUUGCUACGGAGGAUAUGGAGUCGGUGGUGGUCUGUGUAGAGGUUAAGAGGGGGGGCCUCCUGGGAACAGUGAGGCCCUUCAAAAUUAGCAGCAGGCGUAGGGACCUGGCCAUUGACCCUACGGUGUGGCACUGGCCACGACAGAACCACCUCAAGAAGAAAAUCCCCCUCCACCAGGUCACGACAAAGAUCAUGUACCGGUCGCUCCUCCCAGAGGUGGACAUAAGAGAGGAGCUAGUGGACAGAUGGCACAAGCGAGACUGGUUGCCGCCAUGCUAUCUGGUGAGAUGGCGGCCGUCCGCGUGGCGGGAGCAGUGUGCCACCCUCAAAGACCUCUCAAAUCAGAAGCAGGCGGGACUGCUUUGGCUCAUCUAUCAUUUGGCAGUGCCUACUGCGCAGUGGCAAGCAAACAAGAGUAACUAUCGGGAUGAGCGCUGCGGGGCGGGUUGUCAGCAAGUGGAGGACAUCCCACAUAUGUUUGUCACAUGCCCGGUGAUCCGUGAUUUUUGGACAUGGUGGGCAUCUGGUAUGGCAAACUCUACGCCGUUCGAUGUAUCAGAGGAUAAUGCAGCUUACAUCUUGUUGGGGGCUCUUGUGCGCGUGGAAAGGAAGGACAAAAAUGAGCUCUACGCGAUGGAAGUGAUUCGGGCGGCGGUCCUCUGGACAAUCUGGAUAUUGCGGAAUGAACGCUGUAGGCAGGGGAAUGCGAUAGUGAGCCAAGAGCUGCGAACCAGAGUUCUGGAGAACCUGCGCACAGCGAUGUCCAUUGAGGCCCUGCGGAGUCGACGGACGAGGGGCCAGGCACUGACAAGAUUCUGGGCGGUCUGGGGGAAGUACCCAGACUUAGUUCAGAGGGACGGAGGAGAUGGCAUGUGGAAGUACGGUCCAGCCCUGACCAAUAGGAUAGGGGAGGAUGUAUAGAGCACACAGUACGGUUUAGUGUAUAGUACUAGGACCGCUGACGGAUUUCACAUGUUGGUUCGCCGCAGUCGUAGGCUAG